AUGAUCAACGAAGUCGAACCGAAUACCGAGGACGAAUGUGCAAACGACACACGCCUCGAAGCUGGAAGGAUAACGCUCCCCAGUUCCAUAACCACUAAACUCAAUGAUUACAAAGCGACGCUUAGAGCCGAAAUUAAAGCUAUCAAUGACAUGUUCGAAGCUAUUCGGACACCCACUUCCUCGGAUCAUGCGAAACGCACAUCUCUUGCGAAUCUAGUUAAGAAUUUCGAAGAGAAAGACGAAAAGUUCAUAUUAGGUAUAUGGACCGAGUUUGGGUUAGAACACGACGACGACAUAGUGUCCGAGGCAGUAGAUGACUAUGAAAGAUUCAAAGAAGAGGAAGGGAUCAAUACCAGCCUCAUGGAAGCGAGAUACUCGAUUUACGAUAUACCUUCAUCCAUCUCAAAUCUCUCUCUUGAAAGCAAUACUGUCAUGUAUCGUCAUGAUACACACUUAAGUCCACGCGGCGAUACACAGACACCCUCUCACCUUGUCUCAAAUCAUCACACGAUACGUGAGAAUGCCAUAACUAACCCCGGUAUACAAAUCACCAAAUUCCACGGUGACCCCUUGAAAUACGAUGAGUUUAUCAACUCCUUUGAAGCGAAUUUCCAUUCCAACACGCUCAUCUCGCCGCUGCUUAAAUUCAUUUAUUUCAAAGCAUACCUCUCUGGCGAUCCAUUAACAUUCGUGAAUUUACUACCUCCCCACAACGAUAGCUACGACAAAGCUAUUCAACUUCUUAACUCUAUAUACGGAAGCCAGUUAGCCAAAGACUACGCGAGAGAUAAGUUGUUACUGGCAGAACCCACAUCAGGAUCCCCUGAAGAUCUCUUAGCAUAUUUAUGCAAUAUGCGUAUGAUCCUAUCAGACGAACCCGACAUGCAAUUUGUGUUUACGCGCAACGCGAUUCUGAAGCAUUUUCCCAGAAAAUACCUCACUCCCAUUUUUCUGGAAGAAGCGAGAAAUGAUAAGAGAUUCUCUCUAGAUGAAGUUAUGGAAAAAAUAGAUAACAACUUAACUGUUGAGAUUUCUACUCAAAACAUUCAACACUUCGACGAAGACUCCGACGAGUCUAACGCUAGCGUUCGUGCGUCCUGUCCAUGCUUACAACCACAUACAUAUCUCUUUCAAGAUACGUUUAAUAGGAGCAACCAACGCAAACCUAGAAACACAUACACAGACAAUCAGACUUCACCUUCGUGUUUCUUCUGCCAGGAAGAUCACGACAACAACUCGUGUAACAUUUACCCAACUCCCCAUAGUAAGAGGGCAGUAAUGAUGCUCAAAAAGAAAAGAGCGUGUUGGAUCUGUUUCAAAGAAGAUCACAGAUCUCGAUCAUGCAGGGAACCGAGAUGCACACGAUGUGGAGAUGAUCACAACGUCAUGUUAUGCUUAUACAACUAUAAGAAAACUAACGUUAAGAUGCAACCAGUUGUAUUACACUCUCCAAGGAAUCCCCUUAUGUUCAACAAUUUCACGCAUAGACAUCACGCUCAUCCCACGAAUGGACGCCGUACAGCAGACAACCUACGUACGAACACCAACACGUUCACUUCCAUGGAUAAACAAGAUCCAUCCCGGCUGAUGAAAGUAAGUUUGUAA